CAUGAUGCUAACAGGUAGUUUACUACGUGAAACAACAACAUAAAUAAAGGUCCAAAGCAGUAGCAGCAAAUAGAGCCUUCAAAUGUUCAAUGCAUUCGUUAAUUAUUUGACUAAGUGAAAAUAUAAAUAAAUAUUUUUAUCUACGCAAUCAUAGAAAUAUGUUUGUUUUGCACAUGAUACAAUAUUAUACUAUUUUAUAAAUAUUUCAUAGUAUGUACAUAACCUUUUAGCAUACUGUCAAAACACUUUAGAAAUUUUAAAACGUCUAUAUAUUUUUCUUUAAAGAUUUUUAUAAUGUCGUGCAAGCAGUUUUAACAAUUUUAUAUUUAAAAUACGAAUAUAAUGGGUCGAAGUCAUACCCCGUCGCCUGGAAGACGACGUGAUCGUUCCAGGGAACGUGACCGCGACAGAGAUCGUCGAAGACGACGAUCUCGCGAAAGACGUCGGAGAUCUGCAGAACGUGACAGAGUAAAAUCAAGAGAUAGAGAUAGAGAACGAGAUCGUGAUCGAGACAGACAUAAACGAUCAUACAGUAGAUCUAGAUCUAGAGAACGAGACAGACCUAAGCCUAGAGCCAAAUUAUCUACGGCAGAACGUCCUGUUAUCACAGAGGCUGAUCUUCAAGGAAAAACACCGGAAGAACAAGAGAUGAUGAGAAUGAUGGGUUUUUGUGGUUUUGAUACCACCAAAGGUAAGAAGGUAGAAGGAAAUGAUGUAGGCGCAGUACAUGUUAUUCUAAAAAGAAAGUACAGACAGUACAUGAAUAGAAAAGGAGGUUUCAAUAGACCACUUGAUUUCGUGGCAUGAAUAUCUCAACUUUUUAAUUUUCCAAUUGCUAAUAUUUUUUUUAAUUCAGUUCUUUAUAAUUAAGAACAUAUAAUUCUCUUAUAUCCUCUUUCUUUUGUUUAAAGUUUUCACAACAUGAAUAAUUUAUUUCAUUGAGAACAUACAAUGUAUGAAUUAAUAAUGCGGCAAAAAAGUUUAUAGACACAGUUUAAGUACAUUCUUGCUCUCAAUUAUAUUUUAUAUAAUUAAAAAAA